UUUAGAUGUCUCACACAGCCACCAGUGCCUUCUGCCGCUCCAUCAAGCUGCAGUGUGAGCUUUACCCGUCCAGAGAGGUCGCCAUCUGCCUGGACCCGUACUGCGGCCUGGGCUUCGUCCUCUGGUGCCUUUGCAGUGUGUACUCAGGUCACCAGUCCAUCUUGAUUCCUCCGUCCGAGCUGGAGGUGAACCCGGCUCUCUGGCUGUCAGCCGUCAGUCAGUACAAAGUCCGUGACACCUUCUGCUCCUACAGCGUCAUGGAGCUCUGCACCAAAGGCCUCGGCCUGCAGACCGACUUACUGAAGUCUCGAGGGUUGGACUUGUCUCGGGUGAGGACCUGUGUGGUUGUAGCAGAGGAGCGUCCAAGGACAGCCCUGACACAGUCCUUCUCCAAACUCUUCAAGGACCUGGGACUCCACCCUCGAGCCGUCAGCACCUCCUUUGGAUGCCGGGUCAACCUGGCGAUCUGCCUGCAGCCUCACAGGCUGGGAAAGCUUGCUGACCAGGGCACCUCAGGACCCGACCCCACGACUGUGUUUGUUGAUAUGAGAGCGCUACGGCACGACAGGGUCAGACUAGUAGAGAGGGGGUCACCACACAGCCUGCCUCUGAUGGAGUCUGGGAAGAUCCUGCCCGGGGUCCGAAUCAUCAUCGCCAACCCAGAGACAAAGGGACCAAUGGGAGAGUCGCAUCUGGGCGAGAUCUGGGUGCACAGCGGCCACAACGCCAGCGGUUACUUCACCGUCUACGGAGAUGAGGCGCUGCAGUCGGACCAUUUCAACUCCAGACUCAGCUUCGGAGACACGCAAACGGUCUGGGCUCGAACUGGAUACCUGGGCUUCCUCCGCAGGACCGAACUGACCGAUGCCAGCGGAG